AUGGGUAGAAAGAAGAAAGAAACCCCAAAAGAAAACAAAGGAAAGAAAAAUGUAAAGAACAAGCCGGGAUACGCACGUGCUGAACAUCUUCAUCGAUGUGCAAUUUUCCUCUCAAAACUCGGUGUCAAAAACAAUGACGGAUUCUCCAAAACAAGUCGACACGUUUCAAGAUUAUGUCGACAAGUUAUGGACACAGAAAUGGUUCAUUUAGAUAGACAACAGAAGCAAAAAUUUUGUAAAAAUUGUCGAGAGGUUCUCGUUGGAAAUUAUGAAAAGACCGAAAUAUCUGUGAAACAGAGAGGAUCAAUCACCGAAAAAUGCGGGAAUUGUCACAAAGAACGGAAUUAUAUGACAAAAGACGGGUACGGAAAGCAGCUCAAAGAGAAAAUGGAUUCUAAAUGUUGA